AUGGAUACACCAGCUUCACUUAUAUAUACUAUCACAGUUGAUGUAGUAGAUUCAGGGACACCGUCUCUAACUAGUACAGCAACAGUAAUUGUACAAGUUCUACCUGUAAAUGAAAAUACGCCAGUAUUUGCAGCAAUUGCUACACCUUACACUAUAAGAGAAGAUGAAUCUAUUGGAACAGUAGUGGAUACUAUCGCAGCUUCUGACGGCGAUAGUGGUUCUGAUGGGACAAUAUCAUAUCAGAUAACAUCGACUGUUGACAUUGAUGUAGUAGAUUCAGGGACACCGUCUCUAACAAGCACAGCAACAGUAAUUGUACAAGUUCUACCUGUGAAUGAAAAUACUCCAGUAUUUGCAGCAACUGCUUCACCUUACACUAUAAGAGAAGAUUUAAAGUCAGUAAUUGAUUUAGAUAACCCAACAAAUGAUGCCAACUAUUAUCAACUAGGAGUUAUUGUUAAAGAUGGUGGAACGCCUGAACUAACGGGCACAGUUUCCGUCACUGUUAUCACUCAAUCUGGGACAUCAUUGUUUAGUAUUGAUGCAUCUGAUGGAAGAUUACUGCUUAUUGGUAACCUUGACUACGAAAUUCUACCAACAGCAGCCAAAUUUUAUUUGAUUACAGUCGAAGCUAUUGAUGGCGGUGCUUUAACGUAUACUCUGCUGGUUGAUGUAGUAGAUUCAGGGACGCCGUCUCUAACAAGUACAGCAACAGUAAUUGUACAAGUUCUACCUGUAAAUGAAAAUACUCCAGUAAUUGCAGCAACUGCUUCACCUUACACUAUAAGAGAAGAUGUAUCUAUUGGAACAGUAGUGGAUACUAUAGCAGCUACUGAUGGCGAUAGUGGUACUGAUGGGACAAUAUCAUAUCAGAUAACAUCUACUGUUGACAGACCAGUAUUUACCGGACCGUUCGCAUCAACAAUAUCAGAAGCAGCAGUAAUCGGAACGUCCGUAGCAGAUGUUGUUGCUAACGAUCCUGACACAAAUAGCGAUUUUGGAAUUCUUGAAUAUUCAAUUAUCAACGGAGAUCCUUCUAACCAAUUCUUCAUUGAUUCGAGCACAGGUCGAGUUUUUACCAAAGCUGUUUUAGACAGGGAAACGACUCCAUUCAUUCGGGCGGUCGACAGAAAUGGGGAUGCUUCUUCAAAAUCUUCCACGGCCAUUGUGACCGUUAUAGUUACCAGCCUCAAUGAACUGGAUCCAGUAUUUUCACAAACAACAUAUACCUUCAAUACACCAGAAAAUUCUGCUCUUGGAACUUCUGUAGGACAAGUAGUUGCUACUGAUGCUGACGCAGGAGAUGAUGGGUCUGUUUACUACUCAAUGGAGACUCUGGACAACUACCAAUACAGCGUUACAGUAGCAGAUCAAGGCACCACUCCCAACGCCAUCACUACUGAUGUUUAUAUAGUCAUAACAGAUGUGAAUGAUAAUUCUCCAGUAUUUACUCCAGCUUCCUAUACCAAUAGCCCACCGGAAAACCAAGCUAUUGGCUCAACUAUAGUUACCAUCACGGCUUCGGAUGCUGACAUGGGAGCCUUUGGUGAAAUAGAAUAUUCUAUUAUUAGUGGAAAUGCGGAUGGAAAAUUUAUAUUGGACACUAUAACCGGGGCGUUAAUUCUUAAAAGUUCUUUGGACAGAGAAACAACUGAUUCAUACACCAUUGGAGUACAAGCAGCAGACAAAGGAACACCAGCAUCGGUCGCUGCAUCAUCAAUUACAAUAACAGUUGCGGACUUGAAUGACGAACCCCCAGUCUGCAAUCCAUUGGCUUACAGCGGUUCAAUUCAAGAAGAUGUUGUUACAGGCACAUCAGUGUUAACGGUUAGCUGUCCAGACAAUAAAGAUCUAGCACCUAACAAUGUCGUACAGUACUCAAUUACAGCCGGUGAUCCAAGUGCCCAUUUUAGCAUUGAUAUUAAUACCGGAGAAAUAAAAACCAAUUCGGCUUUAAAUGCCCAAGUUACUUCACUCUACUCAAUAACAGUUACGGCAACGGAUGGUGUGUUAUCAACUUCCGCCUUUGCACAAAUAACAGUGACUGAUGUUAAUCAACAGGCUCCUCAAUUUAACCCACCAGGGCCCUACACAGUAAACCUUCCGGAGGACACGGCUUUAGGAUUCACAGUCAUUGAUCUAGAUGCUACCGACGCCGACCCCACUGCUGGUCCGUUUAUUUACUACAUCACGGGUGGUAAUGCAGACAAUAAAUUUAAAAUCGACUCAUCAACGGGUGUAAUUAUUUUACAAAAUUCUGUGGACGCUGACACUACUCCUAGUUAUUCUCUUUCUAUUGAGGUGGCUGAUGGUGCGGGACCAGGAACUCUUACCUCAACAUCUGCCAUAACCGUUACGCUUACUGGUAUUAAUGACAACAAACCCGUUUGCAAUCCAGCAACUGUUUUCCAGGCUAUACCCGAAGGCUCGAUAGCUGGAACAGUAGUCACGACUUUAACAUGCACAGAUGCCGACAUACCAACACCUAGUCUUGUUUAUUCGAUAUUAAACGGGAAUGCUGGGGGUGAAUUUGCUUUGGAUUCUGCAACAGGUAAAAUCUCCCUGACAACAGUUGCAUUCGACUAUGAAACAAAACAGGCGUUUACAUUGGAAAUAUUGGUGUCGGAUCAAGGUACGACACCUGGUUUAUUCACUGCAACUGUUCAAGUAGCAGUAACACCGAUAAAUGAACACAAUCCCGUGUUUACUGGAGCACCCUACACUACUACUCAACCGGAAGAUGUUGCUCAAGGAACAACAAUAGUAACAUUAGCUGCUACUGAUAAUGACCAGGGAUUACAACAUGGGAUAGUUAGGUACAGCAUAGUAGGCGGCGACUCGGGUGGGUUCUUUACAAUAGGUAUUACCUCUGGUGACAUCCAGGUUGCCAAAUCCUUGGAUUUUGAAACGGCCCCUACACAUACAUUGACUGUUAGAGCAACGGACGACUUUGCGGGAUCGGGUUCUGAAAGGUCAGUUGAUACAACUCUCACAAUAACUGUCACAGAUAUAAACGACAACAGUCCUAAAUUCAACCCAGACUCUUACUCAGCGAGUGUUAUUGAGUCAGCUACUGUUGGAGCAACGAUACUUGCUGUAACGUCAACGGAUGACGACAGUGGCGUUAACAAAAAUGCGGUAUAUUCAAUAACAAGUGGGAAUGCUAACGGUGACUUUAAUUUUGUAAAUAAUGAAUUAGUUCUCGCAAAAACGCUGGAUUUUGAAACGGUAACAAACUAUAACCUAGUAGUUCAGGUCGUUGAUCAAGGAAUUCCAGCUUUAACAGACACAACAGUAAUAAGCAUAGCAGUACAACCAGUAAAUGAAGAUCCACCAGUCCUAACAGACACAAGCUCAACUGCGACUAUAUCAGAAGACACGUCAAUAGGAACAACACUUUAUAAAGCAACUGCUUCUGAUAAUGAUGCUGGUACAGAUGGCAAAAUCACAUAUUUUAUUGUCAGUGGAAAUACAAAUUCCGCUUUCCUUAUUGAUGAUACUCUUGGUGAUUUAAUGGUUUGGUCUCAGUUAGAUUUCGACACUCCACCGCAGACUUACAUGUUGGGGAUAGAGGCUCGAGAUGCCGGAGGGAUGUCGGAUUCUCUAACACUGACAAUAACAUUAACGGAUGUAAAUGAUCACACUCCGUUAUUUACCCAAAAUACAUAUAACGCAGCUAUAAAUGAAGGAGAAGCUAUAGGAACAUCUGUAACCCAGGCUGUAGCCAGUGAUGCUGAUUCUGGUGUAAAUGGACAAGUCACAUAUUCAAUAGUAUCAGGAGAUGGACAGGCAAGUUUUGGCAUUAUGCCAGCAACUGGCGUUAUCAAUACUCAAAUAUUAUUAGAUUAUGAAGUUAAAACUUUAUAUUACCUGGUUGUACAAGCUGUGGAUGGUGGAACUCCGGCAUUAACGUCUUCUUCCUUAGUUAAAGUAUCUAUCAACGAUAUCAAUGAUAAUCCACCUAUAUUUUCGCCAAUGGAUUUUACAGUUAAUAUACUUGAAGAUGUCCCCGUGGGAACGUCUGUCACAACAGUUAAUGCUAAAGAUGCGGAUUCCACAGCUAACAGUAACAAUAUUUUUACUUAUUCACUUACGGAUGCUUAUUUUUCUGUGGAUGCCAAUACUGGUGAAAUAAUGGUUACGGCAGCACUUGACAGGGAAACUAUUGCAAGCCACAUACUAACUUUACAAGCAACCGACCAAGGAACCCCUGCGAUGACGGGAACAGCUACUGUCACCGUUCUCUUAGAUGAUAUCAACGACAAUACCCCCAUUAUAACUGGUACUUACGAUACAAAUGUAGCUGAAGACAAAGCUAUUGGGACACUUAUGUUUACGGUAGCAGCAACUGAUGCGGACUCUGGCAAUAACGGUAGAUUGACAUACACCAUCACUAAUGGCAACACAAACACAGAUUUCAAAUUGGACGCCAAUGCUGGUGUUCUCCAGAUAAAUAAACAGUUAGAUAGGGAAACAACUCAAAGUUAUACAUUACAGAUAACUGUCUCUGAUAACGGAGCGGUUCCAAAGUCUGAUAUCAUCAGUGUGGUCAUUACAAUUGACGAUGUAAAUGACAAUGAUCCAGUUUUCACUGGACCACCUUACACGUUCACUAUAGCCGAGAAUGUGCCUAACGCUUCACCCGUAAAUACGGUAGCUGCUACGGACCAAGAUGUCGGUUUAAAUGCAGCACUGGUUUAUGACUUCGUUAAUUUCUGGCAGGGAAACCCUACUCAUUUUCUAAUUGAUGCUUCAACGGGUGCUAUAACGACAUCCGGUGCACUGGAUAGAGAAACUAGCGACACUUACGUCAUUCGAUGCCGAGUACAAGACAAGGGAUCCCCAAUACGAUCUGCGGACGUAAACGUAACAAUUACGAUACAAGAUCUUAAUGAUAAUACACCAGUUUUUGACUCAACUACAUAUGCCUCUACGACCAUCGAGAACUCGGCAUUCGGAACAAGUAUCCUCCAAGUGACUGUUACGGAUGCCGACAUCGGUGUCAAUAAAGCAGUAACGCUUUCAAUAGACACAUCGACGGCACAAGGAACAACUGCUGAUACAUUCCUGGCAAUAGACUCGGCUAACGGAAUACUAUCUGUUAAAACGAAUAUUGAUAGGGAAUCCAACAACAACUUUUCCUUCCAACUAUUAGCUGUUGAUGGGGGAACGCCUAGCUUAACCUCCACAGCGACAGUAACAUUAAUAGUUAGUGAUGUAAAUGAUAACAGCCCUAUAUUUAACCCGGUAUUUUACAACAGCGAGGUUUCUCAUGCUGGGCAGUGUUCAAGAGUUAUUACUACAGUAACAGCUACAGAUGCAGAUGAAGCUAUCAACGCACAGUUGGGAUUUUUCCUGGCACAACAAAGUAGUCUGUUCACAAUUGAUGGUACUUCAGGAACUGUCAGUCUUGUUACAUCACAGUCUGCAAAUACCAACGCCAAAUACACCCUGGACAUUGGUGUAAGCGAUAACGGCUCUCCGGUUUUGACUGCAGUAACAACAGCACAGAUAAGAAUCGACACAUUUAUCCCAAACACGGUAGCAGUUACAUUCCAACUAUCGAUAAGUAAAGCUGACUUCGAGGCUCGCAGGGCCCAAUUUAUAAUCGAGCUUAAAGCGUUGCUAGUGACUAAGUAUCCUACCAGUCGUGUUGUUGUUUGGUGUGUAGAAGAACGGGAAGGAACAUCUAUAUCACCACCGGCUAGAAGACGCUUGUUGGCUACAAGCCCAGUAAAUGUUCACACCUACGUAGUUGCAGAUGAUAUUACAGAUAAUCAAGCUAAUUUAAACCAAGGAAAGACGUUUUUAACCUAUGAUCAAAUAUUAUCAGUGACAACGUCAGACGCUGCGACAGGAACUCCAUCCAACUCUAUCUCAGGUUCGGCUGGGUGGAACUAUUACUCUGUUGAAAAGGUGACAGCUUACGUGGAAGAAACAACGGCAUGGGAGCAGACACCUGUAGGAAUAGCAAUUAUUGUUUUAUGUUGUCUUGUGGCUUUGUUUUUGAUUGGUCUUCUAAUAUUUCUAUGUUGCAGAAGACACAGAAAGAAAAAACGUCCAAUUACUCCCGUUAAACCACAGUCCAUGCAGAAGAAUCGAGAAGUCUUAGAGAAAGCUGCCCCUGUAUUUGUUUCAAAACGAAAUAAUAUUCCUGAUUUAAAUUUAAAUGAGAAGAAACAUCCAUUACCAGCAGUUUUGGCUUUACCAAUGCCUACUGUAGUUGGUACAUACGAAAAGAAGCCAUUCAGGGAACAGGUGUGGGGAGCACCAGACGAUACUAAAAUACCCGUAAGAACUCCGCGAGUCAGCAGAUCACCUCGAACCUCAGAUUCAAAUCCCAGGACGCCAAGGAGCUCUUCUUCUGUGAGACAACCUGCUAAACCACCUGGAAGUGGCGGAGGUAACUCUGAACGUGUACCAAGAAAUAUUAUAAUUGAGCCAAAAGAACAAGUCGAUAAAAGCUUUCCCACUGUCAUCCGAGAAUUUGAUGGCAGAGCUGUAGAUCCAGCUACAGGAAAUGUAUAUCAGUAUAAUACAAAGACUAAUGAGCGAAGAUGGAUAUCAACACCAGAUGGACAUGAUAUCAAAGUGGAUAUGGUUUAAAAUUAAAUGAUUCUGAAAAUUUAUUGCAAAAAGUAGAACAAUGUCAAUGUAAAGUUACUGGUCCGAGAUAGACCUAGGACAAUAGCCACGAAAUCAAAAAUUAAAAUAUUUUAAGAAUGCUAAAAGUUAGAAUUUGCAAUAGAGUUUUAAUUCUUAGCCAAUGAAAAUGUUGAAUUCUUCAAAUAUUUUAGUUUCAGUAUUCAUGAAUAAGGCCCUUGUUCUACACAUAAAUUCUAAAAAUUCGUAUCGGUCUUAUAAUCCACAUUUCAAGACGUCCAGUGGAUUUCUUCCCAGAUACUUUAUUUUAAUAUCUAAUUAUGAAAUCAAGAUGUGUCAAACUCUACAAAAAAGUUCUCCUGUGGAAAGGGUGUGGUGUAGAAUUUGUACUGAAUGUAACUUUAAUUUAGCUUGAGUUUUAAUUCCUCGGUUCCGUUAUUUCUUAAUAUUCAAUGAUCGUUUUUAAGAUUUGAUGAUUUAGAAAUCAAAUAUUCUAAAAUCCUCAACAAUUUUGGUACAGAUUUUUCAACUUGAUUCUACAAUACAAACGCUGAACAAAGUCUGCUGGCAACCCUGCCUCCUGCAUAAUACCCUUACUAUCAUUGGUUUUAUAUUAAAUAAAGUAUAUAACUUCAGAGAAAGUAAACCAUGAACAUAAGUCUAUUGGUAUUAAAAUAAUACGUCAUGUCAAGUUCUUUGGUGGUAAACUAUUAACUAUGCAAGAGAUAUCAGCCUGUUGAGUUUUAACAAGUUUACUUUUUUAAAGAUUUUUUUCCAUUCCUUUGCUGAUUCCGAUACCUAUUGAUAAUUGAUUCUAUCUAUUAUAUUAUUUCAUUUAAACGUGCCAAAUAAUUUUAGUGUCUGAUUUAUGUUGUUUGUGAAAUAUAUCCGUCCAAUAGUUUAUUCACAUUUAAAUAUUCUUAUAGUUUUAUCGUUGUAAAUGACGUACCAUCUUUUGGUUAUUUUUUCGACGUUGCCCUUUCACUUUCAAGAUAUGUAGAGGACAAAACUUAUUAACUGUAGAAAAAUUAAAUAUUCAAUAUUUCAGAUCAGUUUCAGCGGUUGCUGGACAGUUUUUAUCACUCCUCACCGAGAAAUAUCCAAACUUACCCCCCCCCCCCCGCUCUGUCUUUUGGUAUGUAGUUGUUCGUAUUUGGUUCAUACAAUAAUCAGGGGUUUAACUGCUGUUUCUGUGAUACACAUUUUUUAUUUAUAGACAGAUAUAUGUUUUACAAAAUAAACUUCUUUUAAAGGUGA